GCGGCUAGCUCCACCCUUUGCGCCUUCUAUCCUGAACUAAGCUCUUGAAGCGUAAUUUCCAUCCCAGAGGCCUUUGCGUGAACAAAAUGGCAGCCCCUGUGUCGCGGGGGUUGUCUUGCUUUCCCAGGACGGUGGGUUGGUGGUCUCGUCAGCCAGUCCUUGCGACUCACCCCACAGCCAUAGUUCCAGUGAGAACUAAGAAACGUUUCACUCCUCCUGCUUAUGAACCCAAAUACAGAUCACAAAAGGAGUUUAUAGAAUUUACCCGGAAAGCAGGACUAGUUAUUCCUCCGGAACAUUUGGAGCGUCCCAUACAUCUGGCUUGUACAGCUAAUAUCUUUGACACCUAUAUUCCUCCAGAGGGUGAUGCUCGUGUAUCAUCUCUUUCAAAGGAAGGACUGGCACAGAAAACUGAGCGGUUGAAGAAAAAUGUGGCAUCACAAUUGUCAAUCCGUAAGAUAAGAGAAUAUGAUGCAAAUUUUAAAAUAAGAGACUUCCCUGAAAAAGCGAAGGAUAUCUUCAUUGAAGCUCACCUUUGUCUAAACAACUCAGAUCAUGACCGACUUCAUACCUUGGUAACUGAAAACUGUUUUCCGGACAUGGUCUGGGACAUCAAAUACAAGACCGUCCGCUGGAGCUUCAUAGAAUCUUUAGAGCCAUCACAGGUGGCUCAGGUUCGCUGUUCAAGCCUGUUGAGCCAGGGCAACAUAUAUGGCCAGGUCACCGUCCGCAUGCACACUCGGCAGACUCUGGCUAUCUAUGACCGGUUUGGCCGGUUGAUGUAUGGACAGGAGGAUGUGCCCAGGGAUGUGCUGGAGUAUAUUGUGUUUGAAAAGCACUUGACAAACCCCUAUGGGAGUUGGAGAAUGCAUGCCAAGAUCGUCCCACCGUGGGCACCCCCUAAGCAGCCCAUCCUUAAGACGGUGAUGAUCCCUGGCCCCCAGCUGAAACCCUGGGAAGACUAUGAAGAACCACAAGGGUCACAGGGAGAGGCCCUUAAGCCUCAGCUAGCCUGAUUGCAAAAAUACCUCCUGGGGUGAAGCAGGGGUGAUGAGGUGACUGGAAGCUUGGCUGUGAAGUUUGGGAGUCUGGGAGCUAUGUGGUCAUCCAUCUCCAUCAGGCUGUAGAAAGAACCUACUUGGUUGUCUUCUGUCCUGCUUGGGUCUUUUCAGCAGUCUCACCCUCGACAACCACGGCUGAUGGCUGGGCCCCAGUGGGUGGCUGGCACGCACAGCCAUGGACCCACUUUUUUUACUUCUUUUAUAAUUAUAUACCUAGCUUCUAAAUCUAGAUAAAAGUGUGUUUCAGAGACUACCUAAUACCCAUUUUUCUUGCAGUAGGGACUGUCAGGAGCAAACUGGCAGAAUUUUAUAAUCACAAAAUAGGGAUUAGAGUUUGAAAUAAAACACCAUCAGACUGUUGGACAAA